AUGCCUCGAAUACGCCCCUCAGCCCUCAUAAAAGCCUACCGAGACAAUCCACUCCUCCCAUUACUUCUAAAAGAAUGCCGUACCCUCGGAUCAGCACGCAAUGAACUUCGCUGGCUGCGCGAACACGCGCUUCGCACCAGCCAGACGCGAACGCGCCAACAACCAAACCCAACAACACCACUGGCAGAAUGGAAGAUGCACCUGAUAUCCAUGUGUCGCCAAAGAUCACGCGGCUAUCCGCUCCAAUAUAUCCUAGGUGACCAACCAUUCGGUGACCUAGAGAUCCUCUGCCGACCCGGCGUAUUAAUCCCAAGGCCAGAUACAGAAUCUUAUGUUGUUCAAGCAGCCAAGUUAGUGGAGCAGAUGGCCACGGCCUCAGAGAGGUCUUCUACAUCUACCGACAAAAAUGAUCCAAAACCGCUACGGAUCUUAGAUCUCUGCACAGGAACAGGAUGCAUAACCCUCCUCCUCCACGCCCUUCUGUCCCCGCGAUUCGAACACCUCCGCGUAAUGGGCAUAGACAUUAGUUCCAAAGCAUUAAGUCUAGCACGCAAAAAUCUGGACCAUAAUCUGCAACAGGGCUUAUUGACCCAUCGUGCAUCGACCGAUAUACAAUUCCACCGCGCGGAUGUCUUGGGAUUUCCCCCGGGUGCUGAUGGCGGUGAUGAUGCUGACGGAAUCCCAAACGUGGAGAAAAUUCUUUCUGAAUACUUCGAUCAACCUGGAGAAACGGAAAUGAGCGAAGCUCCCCUCAACCUUGAACCCGGGUGUGAUCUACUCAUAUCGAACCCGCCCUAUAUUUCGAGCAGUGAUUUUCGGAACGGGACUACUGCGCGAAGUGUGAGGCUUUUCGAACCGAAAUUGGCUCUGGUUCCUCCUCUCCCGCCUCAAUUUCAACAAUCUCCUAAUCCUACUCCUACUCCUACUUCUGCCAUGGGGGACGUCCGGCCUGAGGAUAUAUUCUAUCGCCGUAUCCUUGAGUUAUCAUAUAAACUACGAACGAAAGUGACAGUUCUGGAAUGUGGUGAUAUCAAACAGGCUGAACGGGUUAUUGAAAUGCAUAACUUUAUGGCUCCGGGACAGGAUCGCUUCCAAGAUCCGUUUGAUGUGCAAGUCUGGCCGAAUAAUGAGCAGGAUAUGGCUUUUUAUGGCUUUCAUCAUAAUGAAGGGUCGAGGUGUGUGAUUAUUCAAAGGGGGGUUAGGUCAAGUGAUAGCAAGUGA